UACCGUAUUCAAACAGUUCGAAACACAGUCCUCACAAUCAUGGAUCAAAUGAUCACCCUCUGAGUGAAUUUCAGAACAGUUCCAUUGAUCUCAGCUUCUCAGAUCCUUAACACGGUCUUCAAGAGAAGAAGCCAUGGACGUUGCCAAAUGCAGCAGCUUCACUUUCCUCGACCCUACCAAGCUCAGUUCUCUCCUCUCUAACCACAAUUUCUCUCUUCCUCAAACUAGAAGCAUCGCGCGCCGUUUCGCGCCGUCGGAGCGGCCAUUGUCGCUUUCCGCGAGAAUCUCCAGCUGUGGCGGAGGUGCGAGAUCUGAGAACGUUGUCACGGCGGAGAAACCGGCUAAAUCGGAGAGAUUUCAGGUUUCCGGCGGCUUUCCCUCCCCGUUUGGCGCUACCCUCAGAGAUGACGGCGUCAAUUUCGCAAUUUAUUCUGCGAAUUCGGUUUCUGCGACUCUCUGCUUGAUUUCACCCUCCGAUCUCCUGCAGAACAAAGUGACAGAGGAGGUUCUGCUUGAUCCGUCGACGAAUAGAACUGGUCAUAUAUGGCAUGUGUUCUUGAGGGGAGAUUUCAAAGAUAUGUUGUAUGGUUACAGAUUUGAAGGGAAGUCUUCACCUGAAGAAGGCCAUUAUUUUGACUCCUCCAAUAUUUUAUUGGAUCCUUAUGCAAAAGCAGUUAUAAGCAGAGAUGAGUUCGGUGUUGUAGGACCUGAUGACAGUUGUUGGCCUCAGAUGGCCUGUAUGGUGCCCACUCAUCAUGAAAAGUUUGACUGGGAAGGGGAUAUGCCUCUGAAGCUUUUGCAGAGGGAUCUUGUGAUAUACGAAAUGCAUGUUCGGGGCUUCACAAAGCAUGAAUCUAGUCAUGUUGAAUUCCCUGGCUCAUACCUUGGUGUUGUGGAGAAGCUUGAACAUUUGAAGGAACUUGGGGUUAACUGCAUAGAGUUAAUGCCAUGUCAUGAGUUUAAUGAGCUGGAGUAUUAUAGCUACAAUGCCGUCUCAGGUGAUUAUAGGGUAAAUUUUUGGGGAUACUCUACUGUCGGUUUCUUCUCUCCCAUGAUCAGAUACUCAUCAGUGGCCAAUCGUGACUUUGCUGGCAAAGCAAUAAAUGAGUUCAAAGUUCUUGUCAGAGAGGCACAUAAACGAGGAAUGGAGGUUAUUAUGGAUGUUGUUUUCAACCACACUGCAGAAGGGAAUGAAAAAGGCCCCGCCUUCUCAUUUAGAGGUGUUGAUAACAGCGCUUAUUACAUGGUUGCACCAAAGGGAGAGUUCUACAAUUAUUCAGGCUGCGGUAAUACAUUUAACUGCAAUCAUCCCGUGGUGCGCCAAUUCAUUGUGGAUUGCUUAAGAUAUUGGGUAACAGAAAUGCAUGUGGAUGGCUUUCGCUUUGAUCUUGGUUCGAUUAUGUCGAGGAGCAGCAGUCUCUGGGAUGCAGACAACGUGUAUGGUGCUGAUACAGAAGGUGACUUGCUGACAACCGGAAGCCCACUUAGCUGUCCUCCGCUAAUCGACAUGAUAAGUAAUGAUCCAAUACUUCGUGGGGUUAAGCUAAUAGCUGAAGCAUGGGAUGCUGGCGGCCUAUACCAAGUUGGCACGUUUCCUCACUGGGGUAUCUGGUCUGAAUGGAAUGGAAAGUAUCGGGAUGUUGUGCGACAGUUCAUCAAAGGUACCGAUGGCUUCUCUGGUGCUUUUGGCGAAUGUCUCUGUGGGAGCCCAAACUUGUAUCAGGAAGGAGGAAGAAAACCUUGGAACAGCAUCAAUUUCAUAUGUGCUCAUGACGGAUUUACUUUAGCAGAUUUAGUAACUUACAACAAUAAACAUAACUUGGCGAAUGGAGAAAAUAAUAAUGAUGGAGAGAAUCACAACUAUAGCUGGAACUGUGGGGAGGAGGGAGAGUUUGCUAGCAUAUCAGUAAAGAAAUUACGGAAACGGCAGAUGCGGAAUUUCUUUGUUUGCCUCAUGGUCUCCCAGGGUGUUCCAAUGUUCUACAUGGGAGAUGAGUAUGGCCAUACUAAAGGGGGAAACAACAACACCUAUUGCCACGAUAACUAUAUCAACUACUUUCGGUGGGAUAAACAAGACGAAUCAUGUUCAGACUUCUUCAGAUUUUGCCGUCUUCUUACCAAGUUUCGUGAUGAAUGUGAGUCGCUUGGCCUGAACGACUUCCCAACAGCAGAGCGUCUGCAAUGGCACGGUCAUGCCGCUGGGAUGCCAGAUUGGUCUGAAACAAGUCGAUUUGUUGCAUUUUCACUGGUUGACACAGUAAAGAGUGAGAUCUAUGUGGCGUUCAAUGCAAGCCACUUACCCGUCCUUGUCUCGCUACCCGAGAGGCCCGGAUACAGGUGGGAACCGUUCGUAGACACGAGCAAACCAUACCCUUUUGACUGUAUCACACCCGACCUCCCCGAGAGAGCCACGGCAAUUAAGCAGUACGCCCACUUCUUGGAUGCCAAUAUGUACCCUAUGCUAAGUUAUUCAUCCAUUAUCCUUCUAUUAUCACCCGUCAUCGACGUCGGUAAUGGCUUGUAAAUCGUAAAAAAAAAUGCCCAAAAUGUCUACAUAGUAGUAUGUGUAUGUAAAUAAAGGCGAGGAGGACAAACAAGAGAGAGACUGGUUGGUUUGCUGAAGAAAUCAGUCACAAAAAGGUAACUUAGCCAUAUAAAGGCGUGUUGUGUUGCUGUAAUUGUGUAUAGUGCAGAUAAGUUUGUGGCAUAAAUACCCGAACCGACGGUUGAGUA